CUCCUCCAGCAUCUGCAGCAUCCGCAGCUGACCCAUCGCAUCCCGCUAUGACAGGAGCAGAAGGCCGGUGCACGGAACAAACCCAGGGCUGCGCCAUGUGGUGAUGAGGGCUGUGCCAUGCAGAGGAGACACAGCAGCAACACGGAUGGCAUGCCCUCUGAAAGGAGUCGAAGCCAAACCCUGGGAUCAGAGAGCAGCCUGGAUGAAGGUGGCGUGUUUGACUGCCUGAAGUCCGACUCGCCCGCUUCACCCCAGCAGAUCUUCUCAGGCCUGGUGGGAGUCCCGUCCGGCUCCGUCUCCUCUGCCCAGUUCCAGGCGGCCGGCCUAGUUUUAGGCUCGCCCCCUGAAGUUUUCAUCCAGAUGACGGCCUCGUCCAGAGAAGAAGGCGGCCCCCAUCGCACGGAGGGCGGGCCGUUCCUCCCGCGGCCGCCCCAGCACCACCACCACCACCACCACCACUUCCACCACCAGCCCCUGCAGCACCGCACCUCCUCUCUGCUGCAGCAGGCCACCGUGCCGGCCGGCUCCGAGAGGCACGGCUCCAGGGAGGAGGCCCAGGAAGAUCAGUCCACCCCGGCCCCGGCGCUGUCCGAGCUGAAGGCGGUGGUCACCUGGCUGCAGAGGGGCUUCCCCUUCAUCCUCAUUUUGCUGGCCAAAGUCUGCUUUCAGCAUAAACUAGGCAUCGCUGUGUGCAUCGGGAUGGCCAGCACGUUCGCCUACGCCAACUCCACCUUUAGGCACCAAGUGUCACUACGGGAGGAACGUUCUGUGUUUGUUGCCAUGUGGCUCUUCAUAUUUCUUGGGGGGAACAUUCUGUAUAUCUACUACACGUUCAGCCAAGAGGAGCUGCACAACAGCCUCAUAUUUGCGAAGCCCAACCUGAACAGCUUUGACUUCUUCGAUCUGAUCUGGGCGGUGGGCAUCACAGACUUCGUGCUCAAGUACGUCACCAUCGGCCUGAAGUGUCUGGUCCUCUUCCUGCCCAAGAUCCUACUGGCCUUCAAAUCCAGGGGUAAGUUCUACCUGCUGAUCGAGGAGCUGAGUCAGCUGUUUCGGGCCCUGGUGCCCAUCCAGCUGUGGUACAAGUACAUCAUGGGAGAAGACCCCUCGAACAGCUACUUCCUGGGAGCCUCGCUCAUCAUCAUCUACAGCCUCUGCAAGUCUUUUGACAUCUGUGGGCGUGUAUCUGCGAUACGUAAAGCCUUGGUCAUGCUCUGCAGUUCCCAGAGUUACGGUGUGAGAGCCGGCAGUCAGCAGUGCAGCGAGGCGGGGGAUGUCUGUGCUAUUUGUCAGGCUGAUUUCAGAGACCCCGUAGCCCUCCUCUGCCAGCAUGUGUUCUGCGAGGAGUGCCUGUGUUUGUGGUUCGAUCGUGAGCGGACGUGCCCUCUGUGCCGGGCCACCGUCAUCGAGACCCUGCGCUGCUGGAAGGACGGCACCACCUCGGCUCACUUCCAGAUCUACUGAAGCCCGCCGGCGGCGAAGAGCAGCCGGAGAGCCGCGAUCGUGCUGCGAUGCAAGCGAGGCAGUGGGGUUUCAUCUUCUCUCUGUAGACGUUCAGGUGAUUAUUCAAAACUGAAGAAACACACAGCUUGUAGCUGCAGUUGCAAAGGUUGAAUGUGUAAAUUUCAUUGCUGGAAAUUCACGUCUCAAUUGGAUUAUCGACAUAAUGUCCCUAAAAGACACAGUUAAUUGCGCUUCUGUCUUGCAGUUCCAUUUUGUACACUUAGGUAGAAUUCUGAAAUGUAAAUAUAAGAUUUUACACCGGAAACAAUGAAAUGUUCUUAAUUGAUUUACUGUGUUGAUGUAAAAAAGUUACUGCUUUUCAAUUUACGUUUUAUAUUUAUUACAAUUUGCUUUCAGUCUU